CAACAGAAGAAAUCUGGUGGAGAAUAUAAGAAAGGAGAAUCAAGUCGUUAUCGCCAUGUUGUCGUCUGUCUUAAAUCACCCAAUACAGAAGUUGUUAUGAACUUUUUAAAUGAAUUUUAUGCCCAUCCAAAACUUGAGGAACACUCAGUUGUACUGGUCAGUACAAAGGAACUAGAAAAUGAUAUGCAGAUGAUAUAAAAGAUCCAAAAUGGGCGAAUCGUGUAUUUUAUAUCCGAGGGUCUGCCUUAAAGGAUGUGGAUCUGAAAAGAUGUCGAAUAAACUCAGCAGAUGCCUGCUUCUUUUUGGCACCAAAAAAUGCGAGGGACAGAAACAAAGCAGAUCAACACACUAUUCUCAGAUCAUGGGCUGUGAAAGAUUUUGCUCCAAAAUGUCGACAGUAUCUUCAACUAUUUAAAGCUGAGAAUAAAAUGCAUGUGAAGUUUGCUGAGCAUGUGGUUUGUGAAGAUGAGUUUAAAUAUGCUCUAUUAGCUAACAACUGUUUAUAUCCUGGUCUAUCUACCCUAGUUACGUUAUUACUACAUACCUCCAGAGGCAGAGAAGGUGAGUUGGCUAAUGAACCAUGGCAACAAGUUUAUGGUCGUCAUUCUGGAAUGGAGGUUUAUCAUAUACAGCUGUGUAAAAGUUCUUUCUUUAGAAUCUACGAGGGUAAAAAAUUCACAGAAGCUUCUGUAGAUGCCCAUCAAAGAUAUGGUGUAUGCUUAGUGGCUGUUUUAGAUGUCAACAAAUCGGAACCACGCCUACAGUUAAAUCCGGGCGCCGAUCAUGUCCUGAAAGGGUCAGACUUCUGCUUUUAUCUGGGAAUGACUCGUGAGGAAUAUUCCAAAAUAACUGGCAGUCCUGAAGAGACAUCUGUUGAUUCGGUCAGAACUAAAAAUAUUGAAUUGAUUGCGUCUGAGAUACAGAAAUGGUUACAGAGUGAAGAUGAUGCUGAUUGUGACGAUGAAGAAAGUGUAUUUAGUACAAUAACAAGUCAACUUGGUAAAACAAUAUCAGCUAGAUUACAUAACGAAAGCCAGGAUGUGUCAACACCACUCCUGAAGAUGAAAAACGAUAAAGAUCUCGGCAAGAAUCUAGAUCCAGUUACAGCUGAAAAAGGAACGGAAACACUGGAACGAUUUCCGCAACAAGAAUCUGGGAAAAUUCUGCAGUAUUACGAUGAUAUGGGACAGGAAAGUUUUAUAACAGGACCACCUCCAAGUACAUUAUACGUGGGAACUAGACGAACUAUAUGUUAUCUUCAUAAAGAGGCUCGACCAUUAUGUUGUACACAAUGGGGACAGGCAUGUGAACAUUGUUUAUUUAAAACAGCUAAAGAUGAUCGGUGGGAUCAACAGUUGAUUAUUCUGGUAGCAGGAUAUGGUAGUACAGGAAUUUAUAAUUUUAUCGUACCAUUACGAUCAGAUUAUCUUAGCGUUAAUAACCUCAGUCCUAUUAUUCUUCUACUUGAACAAGAGCCGGAUGUAAUGUUUAUUGAAACUAUCGCACAUUUCCCAUUGGUUUAUUGGAUGCAGGGGAAAAUGACGAAUAUUGAUGAUUUAUUAGUGGCUGGUAUAAACAAGGCUACACAUCUGGUUGUUGCUAAUAAGGAGAGUGAUGCGGACGCCAAUGAAGAGAUUUUAACCGAUGCAGAAACAGUUGUUACUGUUCAAAAAAUAACAAAUUUGUUUCCCUCCACAAAUGUGAUAACAGAAUUAAAUGAUGCUACCAAUAUGAGAUUUAUGCAGUUUCAAGCCCACGAUGCCUACUCACAGUCUAUUUCUAAAUUAGAAAAAAAAUUAAAACAAGAGACCAACUCCAAUUUACCACAUCUAUUCCGUCUACCGUUUGCCUCGGGUCAGGUAUUUAGUGCUGGUAUGUUAGACAGAUUACUGUAUCAGACAUUUGUAAAAGGAUAUUUGAUAAGUUUUGUGAGAUUAUUACUGGGUAUUGACGCUGAACAAAAUUCAGGACAUUUAUCUAGUGUUCGAGUACGUCGUGCUACAUUGGCCCAGUUUCCCACCUACAAUGACCUCUAUCAGGGGUUAAGUUCCACCACCGGGGAAAUACCCAUAGCUAUUUAUAGAACAGAGAGACGUCCUGCUUUAUCCGUAUCAUCUUUUGAUGAAAAACCUUUCUCAAACAACAAUACUAAAAUACGCCAUAACAAUAUUCGAUCCCGUCCAUCCAUUCCUGCAAAGCUGUUCGUCCAACAGGAUGAAGAUUUUGACCAGCCGAGUGAACUGGUGUAUAGUCGAAUGAGAAGUUUGGAUUUAAGCGACGACAUUCCAUAUGAAAGUGUAGCAGAGAGAAAUAUUCUAUCAUAUGUAAUAGUUAAUCCUUCGCCGAAACGUAAACUAAAGAACGGUGACAUGAUAUACGUCAUCCAGCCGAGUUCCAUGUUUGCUGUACCAAAUAAACUUAAAUGGAAAUCUCCGAAAGUGCCUCGUAGAAACUUUGACAAUGAAUCUGAUUCAACGCCUAUUUUAUCACGACCUACUCGCAUUAGUUGGAAUUUACCGGCAUAUCACAACAACUCUUCAAACGGCAAGAGUCCAAUAUCAAAUGAAGAAUUUGAGAAGCGAAAAAGAUCUAAAUCAGAAUCUCAAGCGUAAUGUGGAUAUUCUGCUGAUGAUGUUGUUCGGUGGAUUGAAGGCAGCUUAUAUAAAGAGAUCUCAAUCUAAAACAUUGAUACUGGUCAUAAGAAUCAGUGGUGGUUAAAAUGUGGACCAUUAUCCUGAGUUUAACUGGAGCUAUUACUGUAUUGGUCGUCACCUGGUCAAAUUGUUGAGGACCAUCAUCCUGGAACUUUUACUGUAUUGGUCGUGGUCAACAAUUGGACUAUAAUCGUGAACUUGACUGGAACUUUUACUGUAUUGGUCGUGGUCAAAAUGUGGACUGACUGGAACUUUUACGGUAUUGAUGGUGGUCAAAACAUGGAUCAUUAUCGCCUGUUUAUCUAAAGUGUUUGAAAUAUGAAGCACUACCGGGGGCGUUCGUCUACAACUAUUACUGCCGGUAAAUAUUGUAUCCACGAUUCUAUGAUCUGAAAUAGGUUACCACAAAGUAUGUGUAUUUGUUGGUGUUCACAUGCUUCAUUCCUGUGGUGGUUCCUUAGAUGUAUACUCAUGGCCUUUGGGACAAUGGUUGGGGUGAAGCUAUGAAUUUAUUUUAUUUCUUGACAUCACAUCCUGUUUUAACAACCUCGUCUCUGUAUCAAAAGUUAUUUAAUUCUUGUCAACUGGUGUGUAUGGUGUUCACGGCCAAUAUCAAAUGUUACACACAACUUGUCAGCUAAUGUUUAUAGUAAUCACAACCUAAACAUUAUCAAAUGUUACACAACUUAAAUUGUAUCAAAUGUUCAGGUUGUAACUGGUGUAUAUGGUAUUCACAGCCUGACCAAUAUCAAACGUUACACAACUUGUCAACUGUUGUCAUGGUAAUCAAAACCUACACGGUAUCAGAUGUAUACAACUGGUGUUUAUGGUAAUCACAACCUUAACAGUAUCAAAUGUUAGCAGUUUGUCAACUUGUAAUCACAACCUAUACACGAUCAAAUGUAGACAACUUGUGAACUGGUGUAUAUGGUCUUCACAACCUGACCAGUAUCAAAUGUUAGACAACUUGUCAACUGGUGUAUAUGGUAUUCACAACCUGACGUAUAUCAAAUGUUAGACAACUUGUUAACUGGGGUUUAUGGUAUUCACAACCUAGCUAACUCUAAAGCAGAUUCAUUCAAUAAACGAAUAUAUUGAAAUUACUCAAUAGACCAUUUUAUUUGAAAAGAACAUUGGUUUAUUAUUAUGAACUCAAGUAUUGGAAGUCUACACAUUUGACAAUACACACACCCAUAAAAGUUUUAAAAAAUUAUUUAGAAAAAAAUGUAUUAUUGUUUACCAAAUCACCAAUAGAAGAUGACACUGGCCAUAUGUUUUAAUUGUGAGUUGACCAUUCCACAAUUCACAAACGGAAAGUGAAAAUAUUUCACGUGUAUCAAUAUGGUAUCAAUAUCCACUCUCCUCCAUCCUCUGUUUCGCCAAAAUAUUCUUUACCUUAAAUGCCUAAUAGCUGACUAACUCUAUCAAAAUAAUGCUGUUAGGGGUACUUAAUUCCAAGACAUCUGUUUGUGGUGAUAGUAAAGGGUAGACUGACGUCGAGGUGACAUUGGCCAAAUUGGAGUUAAUUGGUUCUAUAGGACUUGGUGGUUGGGAUGGCCCAGUGGUCUAGAGUGCCGCGUUUCGACCUCUAGCUGGCCGGUCACCUCUGGUUUGCGGCUGUGGUUUCAAAUCCCUAGUGUGAAUGUAUGUGGCUUGGAGAUAGGGGGUGCCUUCCGGGUCCUUUAGAGGUCUAUUCAGUGAAUGGCCCAUGCGUUGUACUUGAUAACGAACGGUAAAUGUCACCUACACAUUAUUUUUAUAAAAUAAAAGUCUGAUUUUUCCAGACACCGCAGAAUACAGCUUAGGACACCGGUCUCCAUUUCCAGAUGAAGACUAACGGGUUUAAGUUGUUUGAAAACAUAUCACAUACAUUGAGCUGGUUGCGCGGCCCUGAGAUAGGGGAUUUUAAAGGAUUUGAAUACAAAAUUAAGAAGUUUUAUUCUCCCAAAUAUAAUCAGGAUUGGCCCUUUAAACACUAAGAACAACAUUCCAAAGGAUCUAACUAGUUAGAACAACUGCCCACAUAACAUUAUAAGGAUCGGUUAACUCUUUUAAACGUUGAUUUAACGUCAGGAAAUUAUGUAACGCCAGGAGAGAGAGAGAGAGAGUAGGUCAUGAUACAACGCGCUAAUCAUUCACCCCACCCCCCCCCGAUCACUAUUGAUAUUAUCAUGUAUAUGUAUAUACUCCUUAUUAAUAUGUCUCAUUAACACGCAUGUUUUUUUAUUAUCUUAUUCUUUAUAUUGUUUAUUAAAACUAACAUAAGAGAUUAAAAUUGUCGUAUUACGUCAUUCUUAUAGUCUUUCAAGAUGGAGUUUGUCAUAAUUUCCGACAAACACAUCAUAUCGAUAUCUAUAACAAAUUGUUUUUAUUUUUGUCUAAAUAUUUCUAAACAAACCAAUCAAUUUUUUUUAAUUUCCUAGAAAAGGAGACGAAAAGCUUUUUUUAUUCAAAUAUUAUGUGUUUCAUACUGUAACCUUCAUAUUUUCAUGGUAAAUGGCCUGUGGGACAAAAAAACUAUUUUUACUCAAUUUAUAAUAAUUUUUAAAAUUAUUAUAGAAUUAUUAUACAGUCUUUUACAAAAGUUUUUGACAAUUUUGAUUCGAUCGAAGAAUUCUAAGAGCUCGUUUGUCCUACUGAAACGGUGCACGUGCGCCUGAAGGAAUAUUUGAGUUUUAUACGUCCACAUUGCAUGUUAGGUUCGUUGCUUUCACCCUUUUACAAUAUCAUUUUAAAAUUCGACAGGAUUUAUUUCUCUUUGGGUUCCGAAAGAACGACAUCUGUCGAAAUUCAGUAUUCGACAAAUCCCAACUUAUGCAGGUAUCGCCCAAGUUGAAAUUUAUGCAAUGUUAUAAAAGUGACAUUCGGCAGAUUUUUACCUCUGAUGGCUUGUUCAUACAAGUGUGGGGAUUGAUUCCUUAACUUUUUAAUCGAGUGUGGUGUUAUGGUAUCGAUGACCAAGGAGCCAAUUUACUGUUCAGGUCUAUUAUAAUUACGACUGAUUAAAUGUGUUCAUGGUUUGUUGUUUAAAUAGGAAUUGACAAAAAGCAUAAAUAACAAAAUAACAAUUACUUGGCUUUUAUUAGAGCGACUUUUUAACUAGACUUCUCUAGUAUUCAUCAGACAAUCUAACUAGGCUUCCCUCCUGUUCUUCAGGCAUUUGAACUAGGCUUCUCUGGUAUUUUCCAGGCAUCAACUAGUCAAUCAACUUGGCUAGGGCUAUAGUCUUCAUCGGGCAUUUCAACUUGGCUAGUCAAGUAUUCAUCGGGCAUUUCAAUUUGGCUUCUCUAGUAUACACUACCCCUGUCUUCAUCAACCCAGUCGGGCGGAACACUGGGACGUUAAACUCCAUUUCAUUUUAUUUCAUAUUCAUUGACUGUUACACAAGCCUAGUUGAAACGUUGGUAUAAUAAAAGCUAAGUAAAUGUUAUUUGGUUAUUUUUAAGUAUUUAUGUUGACGAUUUGUUGGUAUGUAUUGUUUUAUCAUCUGAUUGUUUUGUAUAUUAGUAUUUAUACAAUAUUUCUAUUUUUGUACAGUAAUUAAUA